CCGGGCCUUCUUAGACCGAUGGGUCUCGCACUACGGAUGCCCAUCCACCAUCACAACUGACCGCGGAACGCCUUUCGAAUCUUCACAAUUCGAUACGUUCUGCAACUUUUUAGGCUGUCGCCGCAUCCAUACCACAGCGUAUCACCCAGCAGCCAACGGGUUAGUUGAACGUUUUCAUAGACAGCUUAAAGCCUCGCUCUGCGCCGCCUCCGACCCUAGCUGGAGCGAAAACAUUUCGCUCGUACUCCUAGGCAUUCGCAGCAGCAUCAAAGCUGACUUUCAAUGUGCACCCACAGAGCUGGUUUACGGAACGACGCUCAAGUUACCAGGAGAAUUCGUUUCACCUCCCGCAUCGUCCGGUAUGCCUCCGUCUAACUUUGCGUCCUCCCUAGCUCAGCGCAUGCGUUCACUACGCCCGACCCCGCCCCGUGAACAGACUAGAGAUGUGCAAAUGCACAGCGGACUCUCUACCUGCACUCACGUCUUCCUCCGCACCGACGCAGUGCGGCGCCCUCUCCAGCCUCCCUACACCGGCCCUUUCAGAGUUCUGCAACGGACUCCGAAACAUUUUACUAUAGACCAGAAUGGUCACCGAACAACGGUGUCCAUCGAUCGCCUCAAAGUGGCUUUCUUUGACGAGCCACUUGCAGCUCAUCCUGAUGCUCUCUCACAAGCACCCGCACCUGUGGUGACUUCGCGAGCACUGGAUAACCCGGAACCCUCCGUACCCCUUGACCCGCAACCUAUCCCGCCGCAACCCCAGGCAACCGACCGACGCGGUAGACAGGUCAAACGUCCGGUCCGUUUUUCUGAUUUUGUAAGCGUUUGCUAUUUCCAUUAACACGCCUUUUUCGUAUUUAAUGGUUAUCCUGCG